GCACAGGAGCCCUACUUAGAUGGAAUCAAUUACAAUUGUGUUGCUCCAGGGAAAAGAUUUCGCCCUAUGGAUAAUCUUUCUGGUGGCGAAAAAACGGUAGCAGCCCUGGCGCUGCUGUUUUCAAUACAUAGUUUUCAGCCGUCUCCGUUCUUCGUAUUGGACGAAAUUGAUGCGUCUUUAGACAUAACCAAUAUUAACACUGUUGCAAAAUACAUUUGUAGUGAGACUAAACGAAACUGUCAAUGUAUCGUUAUAUCACUGAAGGAGGAAUUCUACCAUUAUGCAGACUCAUUAGUUGGAAUAUAUUCAGAGGACGGUGAAUGCACAAUGAGUAAAGUAUUAACGUUGGAUUUAAACAAAUACGUUGAAUCGAAGCAGUAA